AAAUAGAGGAGGCGUACUGCAGUCGUGCUUACAGAUACAAUUACUUGAAGGGUUGGUUACCAUGAAUGACACAAAUAAAUCUGUUGUUCCCCUCGGACAAUAUUAAUAGCCGCACGGCACAGAUGGUGAGACAGCAUAAUUUCAUGCAGCUUUCAAAACACUGCGAGACAGAAAUAGAUUCAUCUGUGUCUGCUGCCAUAAAUCGCUGCUGCCAGCCAGAAAGCUCUCCUGGCAUCUCCAGUUAUCUGCCUCUUUCCCACCCCUUCUCCCACUUUUAAUGGAUCCAUAUAUUCUCAAGUCAGGCUGUUGCUCCUGAUCACCCGUGCUCGUCAAUACAUUUCUUCUUGUUCAUUUUCUGCUUGGAUGUAUGUCCUUGUCUGACUGCAGUGUUCGUCCUGCUGGCAUGUGUGUUUUUCUGUCUCACUUUCCCUCCGUGUACUGACAUGUUUCAAUGUCCUUCUCUUUGUAUCCGCAAUUCACUGCCAAUAUCAGCUUUGAUUUAGGUUUUUCAGAGAUCUUUUUGUUUCCUUUUUUUGUUUGUGAACGCAGACAACUGGAAUGUACCAAAACCACAUCAAAGACACCAACAACAACUGCAAUAAAAGCCUGCUCUCUCGUCACAAGGAAAAGCUUAUCCAGGCUAUUAAAAGGAUCAAGCAUGAGGUAGAUGAAUGCAGAGAAGCAGAAACAGACACGCACAUAGACUCAGUGGACGUGGAGAACAGGUUCGAUGAGCUGGAACGGGAAAUCAAAGCCGAGUUUCAGAACAUCCAUCGCUUCCUGUAUGAGGAGGAGUUGAAAGACCUGGAGAGGCUGAGCAGGGAGAGAAAAAAGCAACUGAAGCUCCUGAAGGAGAGGGAGAAGAAGAUAGCAGCUCAAGCAAGAGAUCUGGAGGGUGCAAUCACAAUUCUGAACAGCAAACUGGCUGAGGAGGACAGUCCAAAGCUGCUCAAAGAAAUUCAAGAUCUCAUAAAAAGGCAGGUUUUUCUGUCACAGGUCAGCUUUGUUCUUCCAGCGGAGGUGGACACAGAAGUUCGUUCUGGCCAGUUCGUGGGUCCCAUCCAAUACAGGAUAUGGAAGCACAUGAAAAGCUGCCUCUAUCCAAACAUUACAUCAGUCACCUUUGACCCAGAGACAGCCCAUCCUAAUCUGUGCUUGUCCAAGUCCUGCACGGCGGUUUGGUAUGAUGAGGAUAAAGACACUUCGGGCAUCCAGGCCAACCCACGCCGGUUUCACUAUUAUUACUGCGUACUGGGUCACCAAGGCUUCACCACCGGCCGUCACUACUGGGAGGUGGAGGUGGGCAACAAGACAGCCUGGAGACUGGGUGUAGCUCAAGAAGAUAUUCAAAGAGGUGAGAUGGCUGCGACGGGCACCUCCAGUGGUCUGUGGACGCUGUCCCUGAAGGGGGGAUCCAUCCAGGCGUGCACUGACCCAAAGCCCACCAAAGUCAAUGUGUCCUUACGCCUUGUCCGCAUCGGUGUAUUAUUGGACUGUGAGAAGGAGGAGGUGACUUUCUAUAAUGCUGUAACCAUGGCACCAAUUUAUACCUUCUCCAUGGGAACCGUCAUGGUUCCCCUGUUCCCCUUCUUUAACCCAUGUGACACAGAUGAAGGAAUGAACCUCGCACCACUGAAGGCCUUUAAUCCUUCACUAUAAGAUGCAGUGCAAAGAAUAAAAGUGAAUUAUGUUUAAGAGGAAUUAUCAGCUAAUUGUUUUUGACUUGUGCCAAAUGUUUCAGCCUCUCCAUCUGGAUCACUCACUAUUUAAUUCUCUCUCGUUUGAAAUUAAACUUCAAAUCUUCUGGGUUCGGACUGCUGGUCCAAACCCAAGACACCACAUAAAGACGUCAUGGGUUUUAUUAAUUCUCUUUGGCAGGCUCAGGGACAAAACAAUGAAUCACAGAAGUAAAUAAGUGUAAAAUAAAUAUGUAUUAGUCAUAUGUGCUUUCAACCUGCUGAAAGAGUGUUGGAAAUAGAAACAAUUCAGCAUUGAAAUUUUCUAAUGGCUAAACUGGUGUGGUAAUCUCAAAAUAUUUCUGUUGUAAUCGCACUUCUGAUGUCAUGUCAUUAAAAUGCUUUUGAAAAUGUGCUUUCAUGAGUGUUGACUGGUUCGAUUAGAAAACGGGCUCUUAAAAGUGGAAGCAGAGGGGAGGUUGACCACAGCAGGUGGAAACAGCUUUAUGAUGUUACCUUUGGCCUGUAUAUAAAU